AAUACAGAUACGGGACCAGGAGAGUCCCUCCGAUCACACACCUCUGCCACUUACUGCUGUUCGAGGGUCCCGAACAUAGGAGAGCCCCUCAUAUGUCUCUCAACCAACUGGGAAUGGAUCUGUCUGGAUGAGGACAAUUGGAGCCACAUGUCGCCUAUUGUUACAUUACCUUCAGUUCUGAUCUGAAGGCAGCAGAAGGUUUCGCACGUAAAUGACUCCCUUUUCCAGAAGUUUUAGGGUGAUACUGGCAGAUCCUCACUCCUCGGGUCACAGCAACUUACAUGCUCAAUUAUUUCUUACACGACCUGCGUAGUUUCAUGUACUUUUCUCAGCGACCCUCUCAAAGCCAUUGACACCUGUCAAACUGAUACAUCACUUAGACGUUCUCAUAAUGGUUGCCUCGUGCCUUCAGGGAUCUGGGCUGAUCUUGGUCCUUUGGUUUUUUGGCAGUCAUUCAUUGCCCCAUGGAGAAGUAACAACCCUGGAGCUUCUUCCUGCUCCCAAUGGGACGGUCACGUUGAGGUUUUUUGCUCUAGGUGAGGAGAUGACGUUCCACCUUUCUCCAGAUGAUGAGUUCCUUAUCCCGGGGCUACACAUCAGAUAUUUAGGUAGCGGCAGCAUUGAGGGUGAAGGGACUACUGGCCUAAGGAGCUGCUUCUACUCCAGCCAGGAGCCAUUGGCCGCCUUUAGCAUCUGUAAAGGGGUUCAGGGGGCUUUCCUAAUAGGUGAACAGAGGUUUAUCAUCCAGCCCCUGAAGGAAUGGACAAGCCAGGGGACACUUGGUCAGUACCUUGUGAUGAAAGCUCCUAAACUGGGCAGGAAAAAUGAUGACCACAUAGACUCGAUCACCUCUAAACAGAGACUACAAGAUAGAAGAAGAGGGGAUGGGGAAGAUGGCAAAACGCAGCCGAGCAUCCCACCGGUAUCUGCCAACAGCUGGACAGAGGAACUUUUCUCACAAGAUGUCACGGCUCAACGCAGCCGGCACAGAAGGUUCGUGUCUGAAGAAAGAUUUGUGGAAAUUUUAUUAGUGGCCGAUGUCUCCAUGUUCCGGUUCUACGGGGAGGAUUUAAAGCUUCACCUCCUGACGUUGAUGUCUGUGGCUGCUCGUAUCUACAGGCACCCUAGCCUCAAGAACUCUGUGAAGCUGGUGGUGGUAAAGGUGCUGAUAGUUGAAGAUGAAGACUCUGGUCCGGAGGUCUCAGACAAUGGAGGCCUAAUCCUACGCAACUUCUGCAAGUGGCAGCAAAGCUACAACCCAGCCAGUGAUCGUCACCCAGAGCACUAUGACACAGCAAUCCUUCUCACCCGACAGGAUUUUUGUGGACACAACAGUUGCGAUACGCUGGGGGUGGCCGAUAUCGGGACCAUGUGUGAGCCGAGCAAGAGCUGCUCGGUGAUUGAAGACGAUGGACUGCAGGCUGCGUACACCCUGGCCCACGAACUCGCUCAUGUCCUCAGCAUCCCUCACGACAACUCAAAUAACUGCAGGAAGGUGUUUGGGGAGCUGGAUAAGCACCACUUGAUGGCUCCUUUGUUCUUGCAGCUGAAUAAGUCCGUGCCGUGGUCCCCCUGCAGCGCCAUGCACCUUACAGAAUUCUUUGACAGCGGUCAUGGGAACUGCCUGCUGGAUCCUCCAGGAACCUCCCUCGACUUCCCCCUGGAGCCCCCUGGGAUAUCAGCUCGCUAUAGUCUGGACAACCAGUGCCGUCAGAUGUUUGGGGAAGACUAUUCCCAUUGUCCAAGACAGGAGGACAUCUGUGCUCAACUGUGGUGUAAAGUGCAGGAUGAGCCGAUGUGUCACACCAGCAAUGGGAGCCUGCCCUGGGCCGAUGGGACAGCAUGUGGGGAGCAACGUGUGUGUUGGGAUGGGGUCUGCCAGGCACAAGAAGAUGUACUUAAGCCUCAGGUUUCUGUGGAUGGGAACUGGGGCAGCUGGGGGCCGUGGGGGGCAUGUUCCCGAGACUGCGGGGGAGGCAUCCGUUUCUCAUAUAGAGAGUGCAAUGACCCCCUGCCUCACAAUGGAGGGAAGUACUGUCAAGGUCUGAGAGCCAACUUCGAGUCGUGCAACACACAGGAGUGUCCCCUGGAAGAAAAUAGUUUCCGGGAUGCUCAGUGUGGAAUGUAUAACUCCAGGGACAGGCAUGGCAAUCUCAUAGAGUGGAUUCCUAAGUACUCGGGUGUGUCCCCACGGGAUCGAUGCAAGCUCAUGUGCCAAGCACGUGGAAGGAGUGAAUUUAAAGUCUUCCAGUCAAAGGUAGUGGACGGCACCCUGUGCGGGCCAGACAGCCUCUCUGUGUGUGUGCAGGGUCAAUGCUUCAAAGCAGGAUGUGAUCAUAUACUAAAUUCCACCAAGAAACUGGACAAAUGCGGAGUCUGCGGAGGAGAUGGAUCAAGCUGCAGGAAAAUAACCGGAUCCCUCAGCAAAUUUAAGUAUGGAUACACAGAUAUCGUUACAAUCCCGGCUGGAGCCACCAGUAUAGAUGUAAAGCAGCGCAGUCACCGCAGCGUCAUCUAUGACGGCAUCUACUUGGCGAUCAGGAGAGCCGAUGGAAGCUAUCUUCUCAAUGGGGAUUAUGCUGUGUCGUCCAUUGAACAGGAUGUGCAUUUAAGAGGAACCGUGUUGCUAUAUAGCGGCUCUAACACUACACUGGAAAGAAUACAAAGCUUUAACCCCCUUCCUGAACCUCUGACUAUACAACUCCUGCGAGUCCCUGGAGAGUCUGCUCCACCAAAAAUCAAGUAUACCUUCUAUAUUCCUAAGAGUAUCCCUUAUGGCCAGAAGAAAGCUAAAGACAAGUUAUCUCAUCAUUUCCUCCGACCGCUCUUAACAUCUCAAUGGGUCCUAGGAGAUUGGUCUCAGUGCUCCAAGAGUUGUGGCUCUGGAUGGAAAAGAAGGACAGUGGAGUGUCGGGAUAUGGAUGGUGGCUCCUCAGACCAGUGUCCUCAAGAACUGAAGCCAGAGGACAUCCGGGCUUGUGGGGACCUGCCAUGUCCAAUGUGGAGAGUCAGCGGCUGGUCCCAUUGUUCACAGACCUGUGGGGAAGGAAUAAGGACACAAAGAGUUUAUUGUGUGGACUACAUGGGAAAAGAGACCGAGGAGGGAACUUGUGACUCCCAAAAACGUCCAUCAGGGCCUGUGGUGCCUUGUAAGCUGGAAGAAUGCUGAAGUCAAUGCGAGAUUCAUGGCAUACAGG